AUGACAAGAUCACAUAUAAAAUAUCAAAUUGCAAAAGAUGCAGAUGAUACAUCAGAUUAUUUUCUUCAACCAGUCCAAGAACUCUCAAAUAUAUCCAAAAAGGAGAUAUCUCUUUGGAAAAAAAUUUUUCGUACUAUUAUAUUAAUUUUUUGUUAUUUUAUCUUAUCUGUAGGUUUAACAUUUUAUGUACAAUGGCUUUAUAAUACAUAUGGAUUUCAUUUUCCACUUACUGUGGUAAUAUGUCAUUUAUUAUUAAAAUUUUUGUUAUCUGCUUUAAUAAGAUGCAUUAAAGCAUGUUGGAAAAAACAACAGCAAUUAAAACUUCCUUUACAAAGCAUAAUAGGAAUGGUUAUGCCAGUUGGCAUAGCUAGUGGUCUUGAUGUUGGUUUAUCAAACUGGGCAAUUUCACUAAUUACUAUGUCAUUAUAUACAAUGACAAAAUCAACUACUAUCAUUUUUAUUCUUGGAUUUGCACUUUUUUUGAGAUUAGAGAAAAAGUCUUGGUCAUUAUCAUGCAUUGUAGUAAUGAUAUCAGGAGGCUUAUUUAUGUUUACUUACAAAUCAACACAAUUUGGAAUUUUUGGAUUUGUAAUUUGUCUCUUAGCAUCAUUUUCGAGUGGUAUUCGAUGGACUAUGACACAAUUAAUUAUGCAAAAAUCUAAAUUUGGAAUGAAAAGUCCAAUUGAUAUGAUGUACUAUAUGCAAUUGUGGAUGUUAUUACCUAUUGUACCAGUAAUGAUAUGGUUUGAAGGACCUCGUCUGUAUAAUAAUUUUAAAAAUACUGAUUGGAAUAAUAUUCAUACUAUUGCAAUGACUGUAACUGCUAUAUUUGGAAGUGCUAUUAUAGCUUUCCAUAUGGAAAUUAUGGAAUUUUUAGUUGUUACAUACACUUCUAGUCUUACACUUUCAAUUACUGGCAUAAUUAAAGAAAUAUGUAUUUUGAUCUUAGCUGUGGAAUGGAAAGGUGAUCAAAUGAGUGGUCUUAAUUUCAUAGGGUUAUUAAUGUGCCUUUGUGGAAUCAUAAUUCAUACUAUCCAAAAAGUAUUAUCAAAUAGAAACAAAAUAGCUGAAAAUUUGGAAUUACAAGUAAAUUCUCUUUCAAGUAAUAAUUUAAAAAAUGAAGAUAGUAUUGAUACAAAUUUACCUUUAUUAACUCAAAAAUCAACAUCGUUAACAAAUCUUUUAAAUGCAGAAUUCAGUUCAGAUGAAGAUGAUACACUUAAACAUGGUGAGAAUUCUACUCAAAUAUUAUCUAACAUAUUGCAACGUAGGGAACAGUAAAAUUUAAACUUUAUUAUUAUUAUUAGAGUGAUAAGAUUUAUUCUAAAAAAUCAUUCCAUGUUUAAUUAUAUAUCUCUGUCAUAUAAAUAUUUUAUAUGUAUCUUUAUACAUGAAUUCAAUUAUUAAUCAUUAAUUAAUAAUUAUAACAAAUGUUUCUUUUUUAAGAAUAUGAUUUAUGUCUGCAAAAUUAUUUCCACUAAAUCUAUAUUUUUUUAUGUUAUUUUAUAAAAUAAAAAAAAAAUUAUUUAUCAAAAAUUUUAAAAAUGCAAAUGACAUAAAUAUGUGUAUAGUAAACAAAAUUUUAAAAAAAUUUAUAUUAUAAUUAAUAUUAUUUAAUUACUUAUAGUCUGUGUUAUUAGUUUCUUGCCAAAAAAUAGCAUAAUUAUACGUUACUUAAUAGUAUUUUUUUCAAUUGAUCUUAUUUAUAAUAUAUACCUUUAUAUAUAAACAUGUAAAACUUCCAGAAAAGAAUAGCAUAAUAGAUAAAGUAAAUUGAAAUUGAA